AUGGUACAGAAUGAUAAUUUAAGAAGAAAGAGAAAGACAAGCAUUCUAGGAGUAAAUAACUUGCCCAACGAUACAAGAAUGCACCAAGUGGCCAAAUCAUUUGAGUCAUUUGAUGUGGUAACAAUUAAGAGAAAGAAUGCAAGAAAUGAGUCAGAGUUUAACUAUCUAAUUGAAUUUGGCAGCUCAGAAGAGUGUGAGAAUGCAUUCACAGAAGUACAGACAAUCUUAAUAAAAGACACUAAGUACCCAGUCUUCUACGCAUCAUCAGAUUCACUAUCAGAAGCAAGGAAAGUAGUAUCAGAGAAUAAGCUGUAUGUUAAGUGUCCAAGAGGAGUAGAUAAACAAGACGUAAUGAAGAUGUUUAAUGAGUGUGAUAUCUAUGAUCCAAACCAAACAUCAAGCUACUUCUUUGUAAAUGUUGAGAGUCAAGAAAAACAGAUUGAUCUCCAGCAAAAAUACAAAGAUUUACAAGUUGAUGGAAAGAAUGUAAUUGUUUCCUUUGCAAUCAACAGUGUUAAGAAUAAUCGAAUUAGAUCAAGGAAAAUUGAAUAA